AUGCACCUGCCGCCGCAGGACGCGCUCCUGAGCAUGAGCGACGGCGACGGCGGCGGCUUCUCCCUGGCUGGGCCCCUGCUCAGGAGCCCCGUGGCGGGAGGGCCCCCCUCUCGGCUCCACAGCAUCGAGGCCAUCCUCGGAUUUACCAAAGAGGACCCCCGUCUGGGCAGCUUCCAAGGCCAGGAGGCCAGCGGCGGGGCCAAGCCGGGGAAGGAGGCGGCCGAGAAGACGGGACCCGGCGGGGAAGGCUUCCCCCAGAUGCCCUCCCGGGAGCCGCUGAGGCAGGAGCAGGCGAGCCCCAGGGCAGGGCGCUUCGGAGAUGCCUACUGUACCAAACGCUCAGAUGGUUGCUUGAGCUCAAAGCUGGCAGCCUGUAACAGUGAUGGCAAACUGCUAGAUGAAGACCAGCCCAAGAAGAAGCACAGAAGGAACCGGACCACCUUCACCACCUAUCAGCUGCAUGAGCUGGAGCGAGCCUUUGAAAAAUCCCACUAUCCUGAUGUUUAUAGCCGAGAAGAGCUGGCCGUGAAAGUCAACCUACCUGAAGUCAGAGUUCAGGUUUGGUUUCAGAAUCGGAGAGCAAAAUGGAGGAGGCAGGAGAAGCUGGAAAUGACCUCCAUGAAGCUGCAGGAUUCACCCAUCCUCUCAUUUAACCGCUCCCCUCAACCUUCCACAAUUGGGACUAUUGGUAGUAACUUGCCCUUGGAAUCCUGGCUCAGCCCCCCCAUGUCGAACAGUAGCCCCCUCCAAACUUUGCCUGGGUUUGUGUCCUCCCCCCAGAGCCUCCCUAGCAGCUACACCCCUCCUCCUUUCCUAAACUCUCCCCCCAUGGGACACACUUUGCAGCCCCUGGGGGUCAUGGGGCCACCACCACCAUAUCAAUGUGGAACGAACUUUGUGGACAAAUUCCCACUGGAAGAAGUUGAUCCUCGGAAUACCAGUAUCGCAUCAUUAAGGAUGAAAGCAAAGGAGCAUAUCCAGUCCUUUGGCAAACCGUGGCAGACAAUCUGA